UCCACCGAGGAGGAGAGGGCCACACACGGCCUCCGUCACCUCUGCGCUGUAAACCUGCACAUACACAGAGACGGUGAGGAGGAAUCUGUGCGCAUUUCUGCAGCCUUUCCUGGACAGAGUCGCUCCUUUGUUGCCGUCAUUCUCCGGGCUACAGGAGGAGGAGGAGAAACUGGGGGAAAAGGAGGAGGAGGAGGACGCGUCUCCUUUAUUAAAUCCCGAUCUGUCGGCGGUGGCGGAAGGAAGGGACGUGAUAUGAACCCCUCAUCGGCUUAAAACGGCAGUGCAGCUAAUAAAUAGCCCCGUUUUCAGGGGGAGGGGGAGACAUCAGUGGACAUUUGUACCUUUAACCUGAUAAAGACUGACCGACGGAAGCUGCAGCGAUGCCCGGCUUUGAUUACAAGUUUCUGGAGAAGCCAAAGAGGCGCUUCCAGUGUCCGCUCUGCAGCAAGGCGAUGCGGGAGCCUGUCCAAGUCUCUACCUGUGGACAUCGCUUCUGUGACACCUGUCUGCAAGAAUUUCUAAGUGAGGGCGUCUUCAAGUGUCCAGAAGAUCAGCUGCCACUGGACUAUGCCAAGAUCUAUCCAGACCCAGAGCUGGAGCAGCAGAUCCUGGCACUGCCAAUCCGCUGCAUCCACAGUGAGGAAGGCUGCCGCUGGACUGGUCAGAUGAAGCAGCUGCAGGGUCACUUCUCCACCUGCGCCUUCAAUGUGAUACCCUGCCCCAACCGCUGCUCCGUCAAGCUGACGCGCCGCGACUUGCCUGACCACCUGCAGCAUGACUGCCCCAAGCGCAAGGUCAAGUGCGAGUUUUGUGGCAGCGAGUUCACCGGUGAAGCCUACGAGAACCACCAGGGCGUGUGCCCCCAGGAGAGCGUUUACUGUGAGAACAAGUGCGGGGCGAGGAUGAUGCGUCGUCUUCUGUCCCAGCACAGCAUGGCCGAGUGCCCCAAACGCACGCAGCCCUGCAAGUACUGCGGCAAGGAGUUUGUCUUUGACACAAUCCAGAAUCACCAGUACCACUGCCCACGUUUUCCUGUCCAGUGCCCAAACCAGUGCGGCACACCUAACAUUGCUCGAGAGGACCUGGCUAACCAUGUGAAGGACAACUGCGGCAGUGCGCUUGUUCUCUGCCCCUUCAAAGAAGCCGGCUGCAAACACAGGUGCCCCAAAUUGGCUAUCGGCCGUCACCUUGAAGACACCACAAAGUCCCACCUGACGAUGAUGUGCAACCUGGUAGGGCGUCAGCGGCAGGAGAUCCUGGAGCUGCGGAGAGAGAUGGAAGAGCUGUCGGUCAGUCACGACGGGAUCCUCAUCUGGAAGCUCAAUGACUACUCACGCAAACUGCAGGAGGCCAAACUCCGCAGCAACCAUGAGUUCUUCAGCCCGCCCUUCUACACCCACCGCUACGGUUACAAGCUACAGGUGUCGGCUUUCCUGAACGGGAACGGCAGCGGCGAGGGAUCCCACCUCUCUGUCUAUAUCCGUGUGCUGCCCGGCGAGUACGACAACCUUCUGGAGUGGCCCUUCUCCUACAAGGUCACCUUCUCCAUCCUGGAUCAGAGCGACCCAUCUCUUUCCAAACCACAGCACAUCACCGAGACCUUCAAUCCUGACCCGAACUGGAAGAACUUCCAGAAGCCUAGCAGCAGCCGUAACUCGCUGGACGAGAGCACCCUGGGCUUCGGCUACCCCAAGUUCAUCUCUCACGAGGAGAUCAAGAAGAGGAAUUACAUCCGAGACAACUGCAUCUUCAUCAAGGCAUCUAUAGAAAUCCCCCAGAAGAUCAUGUCUUAAGAUGCAAGCUUUUUUUUCCUUUUUGAGACUGGAAAUGACACCCAACCCUGAGAACUUCUACACACUUACCCUUUAGAUACUUUCUGCCCUUGCAGCCUCUCCACCACAGAGCUUGAGGCGAGUCUGUUUGGCUGUGUGAGCUGACUCGGAGGACCUUGAUAUAUCACAGAGGAGAAAGUGUUUGGUCUGCAGAGCCAUCACUCUCUAGUCUUUCUUUUUUAUGUUUUUUAUCUGUUUGCUGACCUUUUAUCACAGUCUGCAACUAAAAAGCCUUGGAAAUCAAACAGUGCCUAGAGAGUUUAUCCUAAGUUAUAUUUUUGUUGUUAUUUCCACAGUAUAGAUGCUGAAGAUUAUGGAGAAGAUAUAAAAAUAAGGGUGAAGGGCUUUGCUAAGCCUCUGCACUUAGAGAGUUAGAAGCUGGUUAGAGACGCCCCAUUUUGGGUGUUCGAAAGAAGAGGGAGCUCAGCAGACUCAAGCUCAAGCCCAACUGCCUUUUGUUUACAUGCUCAUACUGAAAACACCCGCUGAUCCCUCUGCAAACACAGAGCCCUCGGUGAGAGACUACUUGUGAUGUUUGUCUACACACAAACACCGAUCAAUUUUUUUGAGCAAGAAACUUGCAGCUUCAAUCAAUUUUGUGUUUCGUGAAGGAGUAGUUCUGACAUUUUGGAUGAGGAGAUCAAUACCACUCUCAUGUGUGUCUGAUGGUUGUGAGGCUUAAACUAGCUUAUUGUUCGCACUUCCGCUAAAAAACUUUUUAAGCUCACUUAUAAAACCACUUAGUACAAAAACUGAAGCGAAAAACAGCAGUUUUUUGUUUCUCUCUGUCUUGGCAGCUACUACCACUAAAAGGCCCCCUAUAGAUGAGCAAAUUUAAAUUUCAAUCAAUCCAUUUUAACCUCCAAAUGAGACACAUUUAAGAUUGACUAGUGAGCCAUACGGGUGCCAUCUGUUAGAAGCAUUAGCUCUAAUUCACUCUCUGCAUACAUAUUAUCAAUUUAUUGCAAAAUGGAAAAAAAUAUGCUCCCUUGGUUAGUCAAGCAGCACACUUUGGUUUUUAGAGGGCGCAUGGCUAGAAUCCUUCAUAUGGAUCAAUACUCUAGGACAAUAUGUGUUGAAUACAAUAACAUUGGUUCAAAAGUAAUUAAUCCAUAGUAGCAUGACUUUGAGGGUACAGUAAGCUUUAUGCUAUAAAGGAGGAGGCUGGGGUGGAAGAAGUUAACUCUGCCAGCAGCACCAGUGUGGCGCGUCAACACUGAUGCAAGCAAAUAUUAGUGAGAAGUACAUCUUAUUCAAAUACACCGCUGUGGUGAGACAAAGAGCUGUGAUUGGCUGUGGAAUCUGGGAGUUGAUAAUUGGGAUUAGCUGGCUAUUAGCUGUUCAUGACAGGACGUAUGUCUUCCAUGUCCUGCACAAACCAACGCUAAGUUUCAUAAACAUGGGAUAAGACUGAGUGACACCAGCCAUUUGAUUACUGAUUAUUUGAAGCCAGUCUGUGGUCAUGGCCAUUUUUAAAGACACAUCCUACACAAACUUUAAUGAAGCCUGGAAACAGACAAGGGGUGAAGCAGCAAUGCCUCCUGAUAAACUGCCACAUCACGCUGGCUUGUAAACGUAUCUGCCAUGCACCUAAUUAUGCAUAGCUUGUAAAACCAAAAAAGACAGGUUUUUAAAAACUUCACCCCUUGAACAAUAUAUGCCCAUGAAAACAUGAAGUAUUCCCACCAAAAUCAUUAUUUAACCAGGCAGUAAAAUCAUUUGUUUCUACUGAAAUCAGCUUUUUAAAAUGGGUUGUGUGCAGAAGUGUCAAGUAACUAAGUACAAAUACUUUGUUACCUUACUGAAGUAGAAAUUUUGGGCAUCUAUACUUGCUGGAGUAAUUAUUUUUCAGC